AUAUUCUCCAUAGAAAAGUAGGCGUUUUGUAUAGAUAAACUUAUUAAUUUUAUUAGAAACAAAUGUAAUAAUAUGAAAAAAACGAUAAUUCACAUAUAACAGAAACUGUGUUUAACAAAUAAGUCUUCAAGAUGAUGAACCAAUAUAUAAAAGAGUUAGAACAGGAUCCGUUCGAUCCUGAUGAGUUCGUGGAAAGAAUGGUACGAAGAAGUAUGCAGGAGUCGCGUUUACAAGACGACCAAUUUGAUCCAGAAAUGAUACAUGACAUUUUUACGCAAGCCAUACAGGAUCUAAAGGUUUUACAAGAAAGACAAGAAAGAAAAUGUGCAAGACUGGAGCAAGCUGUUCAGGAGGAGGAGAAGCUAUAUGGUGCUAAAUUAGCUGAAAUCAUGGAUCAACACACUCAUUGUGUAGGUGUCUUCAGUGCUCUAGAUGAGCGUAUGUCACGUUGUGGUGGGCGUGCCUUAGACGUUGGCGAGAAGUUGGGCGCUGCGCGUGCGCCGCGGGCGAGGGCUGCAGCCGCCAGGGAUCUAUUGUCACAUUUGUCACAUUUCCUGAGCCCUGGGCCAGUACUCAUUGAUUUAUUCAAUGAUUCUAGCAAGUUGAAUGAAGCAGCAGAUGUCAUUCAGAAGCUACACACUAUAGCUCAAGAGUUGCCACCAGAUAAAUUUGAAGUUGCUAAAAAGAAAAUAGAAGCCAAGUACGAUGAAAUCGAAAGGAACCUCAUUGAAGAGUUUGUGAAAGCGCAGAAUCAGGGUAACAUGAGUAAAAUGAAGGAAAUUGCGAACAUUAUGACCAACUUCAAGGGAUACUCACAAUGUGUUGAUGCUUACAUUGAGACUAGUCAAAUGAACACAUUACUCGGCAAGGAUAUAUUCUCUGCAGUACUGCCCCUAUGCAAGAAGAAUUAUACCAUCAUUAGCAACGUGUUCCCCAACCCUGACCAGGUGAUGAGCAAGUUUGUGCUGAACAUCUUCCAUCUGAAGCUACAGAAGUACAUCCAGACCAAACUGGCUGAUAAAAAUGAUGUGGAGAAAUACUUGAGGAACCUUUAUGAUAUGUAUACUAGUACUCAAAGAGUAUGCGAAGAGUUGGUUCUUGCUGGUCUGGUGUCCGCAGAAGGAAAUUCAGCGACUGGCGACCUGCGCAGAGACGCGCUUAUCAAUGGCGCUAUGGCGGGCGCCAACGAUGGAUAUGCAUCAUUAGAAAUACGAAGACUUAAAGCCGCCAUGUCGAACGCUUUGAAUACAUAUUACACGGAGAAGCAACAUGUCAAAAAGCCAAUACAGGGUGGCGGGUUCCAAGAAUUAAGACGUGAAUUUCAAGCGCGAACGAAUAUCAAUAUAGCUCAGAUAGAAAACUAUGGAGGAGAGACCUUCCUAAGCGAACAGCUUGUUCAAAAGAUGAUCAACGAUGCCAAAACAUCUUUUACGAGGUGCAAGACUUUGUGCACUGCAAAUGAGUUGUCAGGCACCACUGUGGCCUUACUCGAAGUGGUAAUACAGCACCUGCUUAUUGAACACGUGGAUUACGCUCUCGAUUUGGGCCUCCAGUCCAUUCCUAUUGCCGAUAGCAAGUCACCACCACCACAAAUUUAUUUCUUCGACAUCGUGAAGCAGGCAAACAAAAUUGUUCGAAUGUUUGAAGAGCAUUAUCAGGAAUCUGUCUUGACGUGUAUAACUUCAGCAACAAAACAAAACGAUUGUAUGCAAAGGAAGACCGCUAUCAUGGACCAGCUUGAGAACAAGCUGGAUGUUGGAUUAGAUCGAUCUAUUACGGCUAUUGUGAGCUGGGUCAAGAUGCAUCUUCAAAAUGAACAAAAGAAAACUGAUUUUAAGCCCGAAGGAGAUAUUGAUACACUUGCAUCGUCGGCAUGUCUGGCGGUCGUCAAUUACCUGAACAACGUUAUGGACAAGAUCCAUGGAGGGCUGGAAGGUGAGAACCUUCAUGCAGUCACUCUGGACUUAGCCGUGCGACUACACAGGGUCAUAUACGAGCAUCUCCAGAACUAUCAGUUCAAUUCAGCCGGUGCUAUGAUAGCUAUAUGCGACGUGAAGGAGUACCGCAGCGCAGUUUGCGGGCGCGGCGCCCGCGCAGCGCCUGCGCCCGCGCACGCAUUGUUCGAUGCACUGCACGCACUCUGCAACCUACUGCUCGUCAAACCAGAAAACCUACACCAAGUCUGCGAGGGUGAAACUCUUGCUGAAUUGGAUCACUCGAUACUGAACAACUUCAUACAACUUCGGGCGGACUACAAGAGCCACAAGCUAUCCAGUUUCCUCAAAGGACUUUCUUAAACAAUAACUUUUGUAUAGGAAGCGACGUCGUAACUUAUUGAGUAACUAGCACACGAAAGUUUUAAACCCAUUUUAUAAAAAAAUAACCUAAUUUAUUAUUUUGAUUAAAUAUUCGAUCAUGGUAAGAAGUAGAUAAUGUUUUAGUUUAAUAAUAUAAAUGUGAACUUAUACUAGAAUAGAAAUCAUGUAUUUAUUUAUUAUAUUAACGGUUUAAGUUACGGUGUCGCUUCCCCUUCGUUUAGCUUAAAGGUUUGUAGAAUAGUUCUCUUGACUGAAGUAAAUGGUCAUAAUGAACAAGUCAAAGACAAUCGCUUACUUUAGUAUUUAUACUGUAUUACAUAUCUAAGUGAUAUAUUGUUGCUUUGUAUAGUCGGUAA